GGAGGAAGAGGAGGAAGAGGUGAGACUGGUUAGAGGAGGGAGGUGAACCUUCCUGGUGACAACAGCACAGCCUUCCCUACAGCAGACUCCCUGCCAGCAGGGCCCGAAGACCCCAGUGCUGAGCUGAGAGGCUGAGGGGCCACCAGGGAACUGGAGAAGACCCAGCGAAGCCAUGAUAUUUCCAUGGAGACAUCGGUAUGCUCAGAGGGGCUCCUGGACCGCCUUCAAGCUGUGGAUCUGGACCGUGCUGUGCUGUGAGCUCCUGACACAUCACGGGGCCGGCUGCUGGACGUACCAUUACUGACCGAUGAACUGGGCCGCAGCCCGGAGGUUCUGCCAGCGCAAUUAUACGGACCUGGUGGCCAUCCAGAACAAGGGCGAGAUCGCCUACCUGGAGGAGACGCUGCCCUUCAGCCGCUUCUACUACUGGAUCGGGAUCCGCAAGGUCCGCGGGGUCUGGACCUGGGUGGGCACCAACAAGACGCUCACUGCAGAGGCGGAGAAUUGGGGCCACGGGGAGCCCAACAACAAGAAGAGCAAGGAGGACUGCGUGGAGAUCUACAUCAAGCGGGCCCAGGACGCCGGCAAGUGGAACGACGAUGCCUGCCACAAGCCCAAGACCGCGCUGUGCUACACAGCGUCAUGCCAGCCCUGGUCAUGCAGCGGCCACGGAGAAUGUGUGGAGACCGUCAACAACCACACCUGCAGCUGUGACCCCGGCUACUACGGGCCGCAGUGUCAGUUUGUGGUUCAGUGUGCACCUCUGGAGGCUCCCGCGUGGGGCGCCAUGACCUGCACUCACCCACUGGGGAACUUCAGCUUCAACUCGCAGUGUGUCUUCAACUGCUCCGAGGGAACACACUUGACUGGGAUUGGAGAAACCACUUGCGCGUCUUUUGGAAACUGGUCUUCCCCAGAACCAAGCUGUCAAGUGAUCCAUUGUGCACCCCUCACAGCGCCCGACCUGGGGACCAUGGACUGCAGUCACCCCCGAGCCCACUUCGGCUUUUCCUCCACUUGCAGCUUUGACUGCUCAGAAGGAACUGAGUUAGUUGGGGAGAGGAGGACCACUUGCGGGUCAUCUGGAGCCUGGUCCAGAUCUAGUCCAAUAUGUCAAAAGUCCGACAGAAGCUUCUCGAUGAUCAAGGAGGGUAACUAUAACCCCCUCUUCAUCCCAGUGGCAGUUAUGGUUACUGCGUUCUCUGGGCUGGCGUUCAUCAUCUGGCUGGCAAGGCGACUGAGAAAAAGAAAGAAAUCUCAGAAAAGCGUGGACGACCCAUAUUAAACCACCCUCUGUGAAAGACAGUGUUUGGGACAUGGAGUCACUGCAUUCUUCAAGUCCGUCCAUGGUGGUGUCUCCAUCAUCAGAGAGUGCUUCCUUCAGCGCAGCUGGGAAGAUUCCCGCAAGGCUGACAGCUCCUGCUCCCGUAUUGUCCAGCAUACGGCCCCCAGCCCCCCUGCCCCCAGCCCUCAAUAUCUGUUAAUACAGCUCAGUUUUCAUGAUCUUUCCGUGGAGAAACAAAGGAUUACUGUAGUAUA